GUUCCGGUUACGUCACGACAGGCGCCGGAAGUGGCCUGGGACCACGAACCGGGCCCGCUGUCGCUUUAGGGGAGAGACACCACGAGCCGGCGCGUGGGGGGUUGGAGAGAACUGCAAAGAAAACUACAUUCAAGGAACUUUAAGUUCAUGAUGGAGAGUUUGCAUCAGGAACUAAUUGAAUGGGACUUCAAAUACUGGUUGAUAAAAUAGACCCAAAAUGGCCUAUAGAAGAGAUGAAAUGUGGUCUGAAGGACGAUAUGAGUAUGAAAGACUUCCAAGAGAACGACUCCCACCAAGAAUUCAUUCUGACGAGUCAGCAAAAUUUCUCCAUUUUCAACAAACUGGAAACCAGAUAAGUUUGAACAGGGAUGACUACCAUAGAGUAGUUAAUGUUGCACCCAAGAAACCACCACUACUAGAUAGACCUGCAGAAGGAAGUUACAGUAGAUAUGAUGAUUAUAGUCAUGUUGACUACAGAGACUAUGAGGAGGGCCGCAGUUUUGCCCAUGAACGAAGAAGUGGCCCACCACAUAGAGGGGAGGACCCAGGAUACAGAUGGCCAAGGGAAGACUAUUCCAUAAGUCGACAGCCUGAGUACAGGGACAUCAGAGAUGGCUUAAGAAGAAAAAGCUUCUAUCCUUCUCAUUAUUUGAGAGAGAGAUCCCCUCAUAAGAGGGACUCUCCUUUCUUCAGGGAAUCGCCUGUGAGCCGAAGGGAUUCUCCACACAGCAGAUCCGGCUCCAGUGUCAGCAGUAGGAGCUACUCCCCUGAAAGAAGCAAAGCCUAUUCUUUCCACCAGUCCCAGCAUAGCAGAAGUAUGUCAUCUUUACAUAAAAGAAAUAUUUCUCAGCAAGGUAAAGAGAGAGCUUCUGCUCAGUCACUGAAAACGUCAAGAGAUGCAUCCCCAUCAGGUUCCACAGCAGUACCCUCUUCAAAGGUCUUGGAUAAAAGCAGCAGGUUGUCUGAAAAGGAACUUGCAGAGGCUGCAAGCAAAUGGGCAGCUGAAAAAUCAGAGAAGGCUGAUGAAAGCAAUUUACCUGAAAUUACUGAAUAUGAUGCGGGGUCCUCAGCUCCAUUAUAUGUUGAACGGACAGAAGAAACAGAGACAAAUAUAACAGAUAGUACAGAAUUGUAUGAAGACAACCAGCUUCUUGGCCGCUCAAAAGCAAUUGCAACAAAAACCAAAGAGAUUGAACAGGUUUACAGACAAGACUGUGAAACCUUUGGCAUGGUAGUGAAGAUGCUGAUUGAUAAAGAUCCUUCAUUAGAAAAGUCCAUUCAGUUUGCCCUGAGACAAAAUUUGCAUGAGAUAGGUGAGCGAUGCAUUGAAGAACUUAAACAUUUCAUUGCUGAAUAUGAUGCUGCCAAUCAAGAGUUAGCAGAGUCCUUUAAAGAGGGUGCAUAUUAAGAACAAAAAUAUGCUUUUAGAUUUUCCAUAUUGUAUAUGCCGUUAAUAUAUAAAUAUGCUUUUUGUGGAGAAGGGGAAUACUUGCUGGAGAUUUGAACCCAAGGCCCAUGUUCCUUCAUAGUAGCUGACUAUAGAUUGUUCAUUGCCCAGGCCAUUUAAUUGUGUUCUUCUAAUGUGUAUUUGUUUUGUGACAUUUAUUCCUUUGAAAAGGAUACAUGUUUCAAUAAUGAUGUAAAGUGACAAACUACUUUUGAAAGCCUUUACACAAUUACCUAGAAAAAAAGAUUUGCUCCAUGUAUGUAUACUUUUGUUUCAAUGUUUAGAAGUGUAAGUAAGCACUGUAUUUUUAUUAAAAUAACAAGAAGCAGUUCUUCAUUCCUCAGCUUAUAUUCAAAAACAUGGAUGUUCUCUUGUUUAUACAUGCUAUAGAAAAACUUGCAAGGUUGUUCAUGACCAUAGUUUACUUUUAUCAUUUAUUUUUGGCAUGUGGUUUUAAAGUUCAGGUCCAUUCUGAAAAAUGACAUCUAGGGAUUCCUUAUUUGACUCAGUGACUACCAGAACAAUUUGCUCACUUGACAAGGGAAGUGAUGUCUUUUCUAAUUUUAGCUCUUCAAACUCUACUUAAUAUCCUAAAGACAAGCUGGGUUGUUUUCUUCUUAUGUAUCAUCAGUAUAAAACUGGUUUGGUAGGCUGAAUUUGGCUUUCAGUUACAUCUGUGCAGCUGAGGGCAGAAUUUUCCCUGUGGUUCAAACUUAGUUAACAGUUCUGUUUGAUACUUAGAGCAAUACAGGGCUAACUAGAGUUCUUUUAAAAAGUGAAAAAAAUAAUUGUGACAGAAGAAAAGCAGAUCCACUGGGCAACAGAGUACUAAAAAAGGCAAAAAAACAUCAGUGAAAUUUCUGAAAAGUGAUUAAGAUCAGUUUGUGGUACCUUGUUAAAAUUAAGAAGCUGCAUCUUCAUUUUUAAAAAGAGAUUGGCAUAUUAAACAUUCCACCUUAGACAGUUACAAAAUUUGUAAGACAUAUUACACAGAGGUUAGCAGAUGCAGAGCUAAGCUCCUUGUAUCUAUCUGUAUUAUAUAACAUGUUUGAAACAAAAUGAAAAGAGCUAAUGACUCUAAAACAGACCACUUCUAUGACGUGUAGGCUGCUUCACCUAACAGAAAUACUGUGAGCCCCAUUCUGCAGACAGUCAUGUGUAGUAUCAUUAACUUCAUUGGGACUACUUACAGGGGAGUAAACUAAUGCAUGGUAAUCAUUUUGUAUGCAGAAGUUGGUGUGUACUCAGAUCCACCAUUCCCGUUCUCCACAAUGGGUUGCACCUUUCUGAUAUAGGAAUUCAAUAAACAUGUCGACAUCA